AUGCUUAUUUUAAAGCGUCUGGAGCCCUUAUUCAAAGGUACCCCUAGAUUACUAAGAGUUGUAAAGGUGAAACCGGUCUCCAGCGACAAGCGAACGGUCUAUUUCAUCGACACCCUGCACCCCGAUGCGGUCGAGCACGCAAAGACGCUCUGGAACGUCGUCGUUCCAGGAGACAACGAGCUGAGCAACUGGAGAGAGCAUGCCACCGCGAUCCUGGUCCGCGGAUCUUAUGUCACUGCGGACGACAUCGCUCGCGCUCCCAACCUGCUUGCCAUUGGAAAGCAUGGAGUCGGCAUUGACAAGAUCGAUCAGGCAGCCUGUGCCAAGCGAGGAAUCAAGAUUCUUAAUACGCCAGGCGCCAACGCGAGAGACGUCGCCGAGCUCGUGGUGGCACUCAGCAUGACUGUCGCGCGGACCAUCCGAUCCAUCACCACGCGGCAAAUGACGGCUCCGGUUCCCAAGGAGACCUGCACGGGCUUGACGCUGCACAAGAAGACCAUUGGCAUUAUUGGAAUGGGCAACAUUGGUCGAACUGUGGCUGAAAUCUUCUACGGGGGCUUCGAUGCGAAGCUGAUUGCGUUUGAUGCGUACAUGUCUGACAAUGCCUGGUCUCAUCUUCCACAUCGCCGAGCGCAGACUCUGCAAGAAGUUAUUGAGGAGGCGGAUGUACUCACGCUGCACAUUCCACUGACUGCCGAGACGCGCAACCUCAUCUCCUACGAGCAGCUUCGACAGAUGAAGCCGGAUGCCAUCCUCAUCAAUGCCGCCCGAGGGGGCAUCGUCAACGAAGAAGACCUGACUCGCGUUCUGUCUGAAGGUCACCUCUGGGGCGCUGGGCUGGACUGCCAUGAGCAAGAGCCUCCAUCUGUGGAAAAGUAUGGCCAGCUGUGGGAGAACCUGAACGUGGUCAGCACUCCGCACAUUGGGGCGGCCACCAAUACGGCGCAGAGGGCCAGCUCCAGGGCCGCAGUCGACAAUCUGUACAGGUAUCUCUGUAGCAUUGAGAAGCCGACAUGA